CUCAAACACCAAAAGCUAGUUUCUAGUUUCUUCUAAUCCUUUUUUUUUCUUUUUACCAUUCUUAAUACACAAGAGCUGUGCUCUUACAACUUAAUACCUACCUAAAACGAGAAAAUCUAUACACAACAGUAGUUGCCGGUCAACUAUACCCCUAAUUCACUACCGCUAAACCCCCUAAUAGAACGAGAAACUAGCUUUUCCUUGCUCAGAAAGCCCCUUGAAAUUUUUUUUAAAAACGACAAUUUUUGCAAUAGCAUAUUAAUCACAAUGUCGACCAUCCAACUGUCAUUCUCUCUUCGCGUUUCUUCUGGCAUCAAGUCCGUCCACCUGCUCGGUUCUUGGGACAACUACGUUGGCCAGAUCCCCCUCUCCAAGGACAAGACCUCCAGCAAAUCAGGUUCGUGGAAGGGUACUUUCCGAUUUCAGGGCAAUCUCGAGGCUGGCCAGCGAUACUGGUACUACUACAUCAUCGAUGGAUACCAUGUCUCGCACAACCCCAGUGAGCCGUCGACCGUCGAGCCCACUACCGGCCGAGAAUUAAACAUCCUUGACGUGCCCAAGGACAAGUCCGGCAAGUCUUCAUCAAAGUCCCACAGCUCCAGCAAGAGCUCGUCUAAGCACACAUCAUCUUCGUCGUCAUCCAAGGAUAAGCACCGGUCUUCCAAGCGCCCUUCUUCCCUUGACAUUCCUAAGGGCCGACCUCUCUCCGUCUCGCAGAUCGUGGCUCCCAAGCCCAUGUCUCCCCACGCAACCCGUCACAUCCUAGAUGCUGACUACUGCGACGACGAGACCAUCGAGGAACUUACCGCACGCUUCGGUAGCGCCGGUUUCGACGAGGAGGAUAUCGUCACAGACUUCUCCAGCUCUCCCGUUUCCUCAUCCGGUUCCAGCCUGUCAUACCGCUCGGACAGCUCAUCGCCAAGCUCAUCGCUUUCCGGUUACAGCACACCCGCCUCAGACUGCAGCAACUGCACUUGCGAACGAUACGGUAUUACUCGCAAGGGCGACCGCGUCAAGAUCGACUGUGGCGGUACCCGAUGCGGCUUCAGUGACGACGACUCCUCCUCUUGCUCCAGCGGUGAUGAAGAAAACUACAUCCCGCGCAACUCCCGCCGAAACGGCAUUGUGGUACGCGCGUGAAGACUUGCACCCCUUGGGGGGUCCCACCAAGCAGCACAUAAUAAUACGCCAGAAGGCCGAAGAUACGAGAUAUCGAGGCUGUUCGUUCAUUAACGGGCAUAGAGCGGCAAAUUUUCUCUUCGCUCUGCUCGUCCAGUUGUUCCAUUGCAUCAGCACGGGUUUUUUUGCGGCAGACCCGGUCAUAAGCUGGUUCUUAUUGAUCAAGUCCUGCCGCACCCGAUGCGCCCACCCAUCAGGGUCGAUGCUACGGCCCCCACGAUUGAGACCGUCGAGAGACGAAAUCCGAUCGUGCGAUCGUUUCGUAUGUUUCCGACAACAUAUUUGAAGCAGUAGUUUCUCCCCCGAGACUAGCCUGCUCUAGCGAAACACAGCGAGACCGUCUGCCGGGGAGCUGAACGGCGACGGCUUUUGGGGAUGUUAAAAGAAGAAUUAAAUGGAGUGGUCUCGGAUUCGGCCCAAUAUGAAGGUCUGGGCAAGCCACACUGUAAAUAAUCAUUCCUCUGCCUUUAAAAAGGAGAGACCUACGGAUGGAUUGGGAAGGCAGAAUUUUGUCAACUAUAGCUGCCACCGCAAGGUGGAUAGAGGACUAUUGAAUCUAUCCAUCAAACUUGAAA